AUGUUUAAACGUAGCAGAUUCAAAAGUGUUCUUCUCUUCUUGUUCUUGACAUGGAUGACGACGACGAGGACAACACGUGGCACGCCAUUGUCUCUGAAGUCUUGGAGCCAAAAGAACGGCAGUAAUGGCAAAGAAAUUGUCGCGCAUCGGCGUGUCGUUGCUGAUACGUCAAAGGUGACAAAUCUAACAAGGCAACAUAAUGGAGAUGUCUUCUUCUCAUAUGAUGUACACAAGUGCGAUACAGAUACGUGCGUUGGGCUUUCGAGCGGAACAGCGAGCUUGUAUAUCGAAAGUAACGUUAAAGAAAUGGAUAUGUCAAUUAGCCCGACAAUGGAAUACGAGUGUAAAUGUCAAUGUUUGCCUCAAAUUCACACUUAUCGAGAAGAUCAGGGAAUUUGUGUUGAUGAGAUACGAGAAUGUUCCAUGGCUACUUUUACAAGCGGCUCGUCAUCAGAGAAAAUCCCGUUUAUCUUUUUGCCUCUCAAAGGACAAAUUAUCUAUCCGAGCAAAGAAAUUUUUUAUCCAGGUAUGAAAGAGUCCGUUUGCGAAGUAAUUGGCUCGCAGUACCUCACAAAAAAUGGUUGGAACGAAUUACGGAACCCAAGUGAUACGACAGUGCCAUUCAGACUAUUCCGCGAUGAGGAUAGCACAUUUCUACAGUGGCUUGGAGAGCCCGAUUUAAGAUACCGCAUGCAAGGAAGAUUGAUCGUCGUUCAUUUAGCAUGUCGUGAUAUGGAUUCCUUCGAUAUGACAGGACCGGAAGAUGAUAUUGCACACGGAAAUACUUUUACGCCAUGUGUGGCUUUUAGAAUUGUCGGGACUCCAUCGAAAUAUAGCAUGAAUGUUGCUGAAGUGCUUUUCGCCUCGGAAUCGCAAAUCGACGAAUAUCAUUUUAUGAAUUUGACCACAAAGGAGUACAUUGUAAUCGGAGUUUCGAGUUUGUGUCUCGGCUUGAUUUACAUCGCAUCGGUUUUCCUGUAUUUGCACAUCAAGAAACGCAAAGCACGUGCAAGCGACGGUUCGCACAAUGCCAAAGACGACUACACAUACCAUCAAAAUGAUCAAGUUACAUUUGGUGCGGGCAUCAGUUGUGGCAUGUUUGGCGGUCAAAGUCGUUCGAGUCUUCUUAAUUUGCCGUCGACACUGAAUGCGAGUCAACGACGCAGCAACAAUUCUGUCGUCGGAGGCCCGAAUAGCUUAAAUUUGCAUCAUGCUGAAGAAAUGGGAGUCAUUAAGAGUAAUCCGUUGUUAAAGCACUAUCCGAAUUUGGCAGCAAGCGAUAAUUCUGGCUUCGUAAGUGACACGUCUAACUCUAAUUCCGAAUUUGAUGAUGAUUUCAGUAUUGAACAGGAAAGUAAUAAACAAACGUCGGCAGUCGUCCAUUUGGGGCGCAAGCGUGGCGAUAUUAACACUGCGACGCAACAAAAUAACGUCAACAACGAUCCGCCGCAGAACACAAACACGCAAAAUGACACGGAAUGCCUGCCUGAAGAAGAUGUCUCGAUAACGGAAGAUUUGUCGCACGACGAUCAAAUUGAAAACAUGAAAGCUCUCAUUAAUGGAAACUCAAGGCGAAAACUGUAUUUUAAUCCGGCGUAUUUUGAACCUCACUUAUUGGCGUCUCCUCCGCCUGCUGCAAUUGAAUUUCUGAGCAAAAUCCGAGAAGUCAUCUCCAUUGCCAAAUACAAAAUGGCAACAAAACGCUUUCAACCAUCUCUAACAGAAAUUCCCGAAGAAAAAGCAAGCAAAGAAAUCUAUCAAAGUACGAAACAUCCUCCAAGCAGAAGAGAAAGUUUCAUUUCCUCCCGUAAUGGAACACAACACAAAAGCAUGUGUUCAGGAUGUUCAGAUUGUCAAAGCAAAAGUACGGAUCAUUAUGCCUCAAAUACGGCAAAUAAUUGCACAAAUUGCGGCGACAAGCAAAAAAGCAUCCAAAAAUGGCUCGAAAGUGUUUCUUCUGAUCAUGACAACAAUCAAAAUGACGAGUUAUCUGAUACUUAUAUCAACCCCGUAUCUGAAUCUGGAAGCAAAAAAUCCAAAAAUGACGAUAAAUAUGACACAAUUAAGCCGGAAAUUAAACCAAAACCGAACGCGAACACAAACUCCAUAAGCAGCAAGAAGAGUGAAAGUUCAAUUUCGAAUUCAGAUGCUGACACAGUGAAACGCGUGACGCCCGCAAGUAAAAUUGGCAAUAGAACAAUUCGAACUCCAACGAAUUCUUCGCCGCCAACGAAAAAUGAAGAUACUUUACCGAAAAUUGUUUCGUAUUGCCCAAAACCGAAUGUCAUCAUCCCCGAUCAAAAUUCAAACGAAAAUGAUCAAUAUGGAAUUCGCGUAAAAUUGGACAAUAUCUAUUCCGCUGUCGAUAAAGGAGAUUAUUAUAACGCAUCGUCAAGGGCAAGUAGCAUAAGAGGAAGUAUCAAGCAAGUUCCAACGAAGGAAGAUGUAAUUUAUGCUUUUGCCACGAACAAAACGAAGAAAAGUCAAAGUCACGAAAGUGACAAACAAUCUUUGCAAGAAAAUGAUUACAUGGGAAGACAAUCUUUGUACAACAGUAUCGAUGGGGGAAGUGAAAUUUAUAACAAUCCUGUAUUUGAUACGAGUGACAUUAAAACUCGAACUUUGGAAAAGUCAACGGAAAAGCGAAAUUUGUAUGAAAAAUACAAAAAUAACAAACGAAACUCGAUUCCUUAUGAAGUUAUCAAUAAAAUGAAUCAAAUGCCUGAUAUGAUAUACGAAGCAAUGGCAAGCGACUAUAGUCGAGUGAUCAACAACAAUAAUGUUCGAAUUUCUUCUCCUCAAUUACCGACACCCGAUUAUACAAGUCAUGAAGAAGAUACUUCAAAUGCAACCUUAAAACGAAUUCAUCAACGUCUCCAACGUUCAAUGACGCAAAAUAGCAGCGAUAGUCAUCCUCCUGUUCCAACGCCAGAUUACAAUACUCUCGGUAGAAGAACGCCCAAGAAGCUUUAUGCGCCAGAUUCUCCAAUUUAUUCGCGAAAAUCUCCCUAUAGCCUUAUUGUCGAUUACGAAACGGAUAGUUUGGAAAGAGGAGCUCAACGUGACAAACAACGAAAAAGUGCAACGCCUCCGAGUCAAAGUUCGGAAACAUCUCAAGCAAGCCCAUCGCUGAGUUCAGCACUUCCCUUGGAAGAAGAACUCGAGAUCCGAAAUGCAACUUACGAUCGAGUUGAGGGUUUUCGAGAGGAGGCGGAUGGCAAGAAUUUACUAAUGCGACAAGGUACAGGACCCAAAAUCAAAUACAAUACUCCUUUCCUUGGCAGUAUGACUAUCGAGGUUGAACACAGCCCCGAUGAAUUCGAUUUGUCGACAGACAGCGAUCAAUUUGAGCCCGAUACGCUCGAUAGGAAGGCGCGGAAACACAAAAACACGGGGUUUUUCAAGGGAGAAAAGAGUGCCACGUACUUUGGAACAGAUGAUACUAGUCAAUUAAUGCAAGGGAAAAAAGAUACAAAUCGAAGCAGUAUUCGAAGUGUCGACAAUACGAAGAAAAUUUUGGAAAAUUUGAACAAACAACCGUGUCACGAGCACAGCAAAAGCAACAAAAACAACAAUGUGAAGCCAGAAGUGCAUAAAAAGGUCGAAAAUAUCAAAAAUAUUUACGAAGAGAAAAGCAAACAACCAAAAAAUGAAUUCACGAAUAAACACAAACACGAAGUAAAACCCGAAGGAAAGCUUUUGACACUCGAGCAUCGACACUCCAAACGACAACGUCCCAUAUCGAGCAUGAGUACGCUUGACAAGAAACUUGCACCGCCGGAUUUAAUUCCUUCUAAUGCUUCAAAAUUAUCUGAAAAUAAAAUUCAAAGUUUUGUAAAAGCUUUGAAUGCAACGACAAAUCAUACUUCAUGGGCGCACAAACAUGAUAAAAGCAAAACAAAGUGCAAAUAUCAAACACAAGUAAAUUCAAUUGAAGAUACGAACGACUCUAAUAGUGUAACAAGCGGUUCAACAAACUUCACGGGAAUUUCAGACACGCAAGGAACAUCCGAAUUUGAUGCAAAAUCGAAAAAUUCAAAUCAACGAGGGGGUCAUACACACAAAAAAUGUCGAAAAAAUCAAUCGAAUGAGGAAAAACCAAUGUCGCUGUUAGAGGAUUAUUUGAGUCUCGGCAUCAGCAAUGAAAAUUUCUUCAUAGAUCAUGUCAAUAAAAAGUUAAAUGCUUUCAAAAAUGAGUCGACAAGAGGAAAAGAUGGCAAGAAAUCUGACGAUUUGGAUAAAAUUGAAGUAGUUUCAACAAAAACUCUCUCAAAUAAUGGUUCUUUGAAGCAACACGAAGAAAAUAGUCGAAAAUCUCCCUCAAAACGUUCCGGAUAUAAAGAUUUCGAUCAAGCAAUUAACAAUCUCCCGACAACUACAAAAGUAUUCCGUGCCGAAAUCAACCCGUGUACCAAUGGAAUGCAAAUUGCAAUGGGAAUUCGAGACAAAGCCAACAAAACAAAAGAGAUAAAAUCCGCAUUAUGGCGUUUUAUCUCAAUUGCAACGUCAAAACUCAAAGGAGAAAAGGUCGAUACUGAUCAUUUAAACAAAACAAUUGUCGAUCAAAUAAUCGACAAAGAUGAUGGAAUUGGUUCAUUGCUCGACGAAAGUGCCGUUAUCUCGAUUUCCAAACCAUUCACGAGUUCCUUGGAGAAAAUCAAACCGCCCGCAAGCAGUAAUGUUUCUCGCAGCAAUUCAUCUCGAAUGAGUUCUCGCGAAACAGAUGGCGGUUACAUGAGUGCUGAUUCGAACGAGUUAAAAACGCGCUGCGAAAAUAACAAACGUUUGUACGAAAGAUUCAACUUUUCGAACAAAGUAAAUUGCAUUAGUGAAGAAAUUUCAUCGAAAUUGGGCGAAAAUGACGAAUACGAGAAACCUCUUCCUCGACCAAAACUUCAAACAAAAGAUAUUUCGGCGCCAAUUCACGCAAAUAGUCCUCCGAGAACGACAAAACCGAGUAUUUACAUGUUAUCGCCUCCAUCUCGUCCUCCGCCUGCGCCUCCUGUCCCAAAAUUAGGCGUCACGAAUCCAAAAGCGACACAACUCAACAUCACACAAAUCAAUGGGAAACAAAUGAUUCAACAACUGAAGGAUGUCAUCAACGUCAAUGUUCAAUAUUUAUCUGAAGAAGAAGAAGCUUGCGGCGUUGAACGUUACAGCAGCAAUGGCGGCGAAUGUCUUUCAUCCGGAGAAUCUGAAGAAGGCGAAGAAUUCGAUGACAUUUGUGAAUCGGGAGCUGAAAGUGUCGAAACCCAUUCCGUAUUCUUUAAAAAUAUCAAAAACUUUUAUAGCGGUAAUUAG